CUCACGUAUUAAGGAACAGGAAAACGGUCAUUGAACGUGGGUCGUGCGAACGAAUGACAGAUCGUUCGCGUGAUCAGCUGGGUACAUGCCCCAGGCCCCCAGGAUCCUCCCGAGUUUGUUUAUCUGUAUCAAGGCUCGGACCGAUAGCAUUCCUGCACUCCAUUCAAGGUCCUGCCAAGUUCUGAGCCUACCGCGACUCGUGAAGUUGCAGCCGAACAUCCUGAACAGGUACGGAGCGAAUGUCCAUCACGAAGAACAGUUUUGCAUAAGUACAGCAGCUCAUCCGGUGUAUACAACGCUCCAGCACCAGACUCAGUACAUCAUUCACCCUCACAUCCAAUCUUUGAGACUUAGUUCCUCUUUCAAACAAAAUGCAUUUCUCCCAAAUACUUGCUCUCGCCUCCAGCGCUGCUCUGGUCGCUGCAGCCCCAGCGCCGGUUAUCCUUGGUGUCGACGACAUCGUCCUUUACGGGAAGGGUGGCCGAUUCACAAAGAUGAAGCGCGAUGAUUUUGAGGAAAUCAGGAAGCUUCGCGAGAGUGGCAUUGCGCCUCCCAAGCCCAGCCACCUCGACGAUUCUCUUAUCACUUUCUCUGGCAACGAGACCGUACACGCCAGACCGGAGGACAGCCUGAAGAAGCGCGACGAUAUCAGCCUUAUUGUUCCCUACCCUAACUCUCGCUUCUUGGGUUGGGAUGUUCCGAUGAGCCAGGUCGCUAAGGGUCCCGCAACAGUCACCAUCGCCACCGGCUACUCCAUGACAAACUCCAUCGCCGUCGCCGAGGCUGUCAAAAUUACUCUGGUCGAGGACUUCCUCGAUUCCACUACGACAGUUACGUACACUGCUUCAUGGAUGACCACACAGACACAACAGUUCGCCGGCACUGUGCCGGACGGCAAGAUCGGCGCUAUCGUCAUCAACGCCUGGACGAACCGCGUGAGUGGACAAGUCUGGACGGGCCAGGUCGGUUAUGAUGGUAGUUUGUCAUACUACCAGGCUGACUCGUUCGAUAAAAAGAGCUAUGGAGAUCUGUCAUGGGUUGAUGGUAUUAUCGGGGUCUGCCUCGGCGAUACCUUUCCUCUCCACAGGUGCAUUGGUGAUGGUACCUUGUAAGGCCUGGGAUGUGUGAGGAAAUAUACGAGAAUACCUGAUGUCUGGGGCUGGCAGCGAAGAGUUUUCGCCAUGCAACCACAUAGACUAUUGCUACGGGGCGCUCGAGUCCUUUUGAUCGACUUUAUGAACAAUUACUACUUUUCCCCAAAGUCAAUUACAUGUUUAAGCCAA